AUGGAUUCUUUCGUUACGAAAAUUCAAGCUAAUAUAUCAGACAAUAAUAAUUCGAUUCAUUUGAACACCGUGGAAAAUGUCGCCGAACAAAACGCGGAAAAGGGUUUAUCGGAAGAACCUGGUGAUUUUCAAUUAAAUGAGGGUCUUGACACAGAGGGUAUUCAAGACAUUUCGAAAUUAUCAUUAACUCCAGACAAUACAGAGAUUGAUUUGACAAAUUGUGAGAUCAGUGAUGAUCCGGCGAAAUGGACAAUUAAUGAUUCAACGGUAGAGUAUUUCACAACACACGGAUUUAAUCAAAACAUUGAUGCCGACUUUUCGAAAUCAAAAAGACAGUAUAAUAAUAGAGCAAGGUACAUGUCAAAAUCACUUUUUAAUCGAGAACUAAAAAAUGGAGAAAUUCAGGUGCGUCCGUGGUUGAUAUAUUCAACAAGUGUAAACUCGAUUUUUUGUGGUCCCUGUAAAUUAUUUAAAGUGAAAGAAAGUUCGUUUACAACAGGAUUUAAUGAUUGGAAAAACGCACAUGAUCGUUUAGUGCAACAUGAAUGUUCCACGGAACAUAAGGAUGCAAUGAUGAGGUUUUUACAAAUAAAUAAAACGAAUAAGAGUAUUGACAAAUCAAUUAUUUAUGAAACACAAAAACAAAUCGAAUAUUGGAGAAACGUUCUUAAACGAGUAGUGGCAACGAUCAAAUCUUUGGCAUCUUAUGGAUUACCAUUUAGAGGAACAGAUGAAAAAUUUGGAUCAUUCCAUUCGGGAAAUUACAUCAUGGCUUUAGAGUUAAUUGCUCAAUUUGACCCCUUUCUGGCAGAGCAUAUUAAGCUUUAUGGAAACAAAGGUAGUGGAAAUACAUCUUACCUUUCAUCUUUCACUUGCGAAGAAUUUAUUAAAAUUUUAGGAGAUAAUGUUCUGAAUACUUUUCGAUUAGUAUUGAUUCAACUUCAGAUGUAG